AUCAAUAAUCCGGUUUUACCGCCAAAAACAUCCUCCAUUAAGUAUGCGCGUGCGCAUCUUUCGUCUCUCUCGCACUCUACCCGUCUCAGCUAAGUUACAUCGCCUUUCACUUGACAUUCUAUGUGAAAUAGUGCUGUGUGACGCACGGUAAAAUGUAAUGAUAAACAUAAAAUGUUCAAUUCUAUCAUACCAAAGCUUCUGUGUAUAAUUUUAGUGCUAGUUUUAGAAUCAAAUGCUCUAGUCCUCCGAGCGUAUAUCUCGCAACAUGGGUUACACGGAGAAAUAUUGUUCUCAUAUAAAAACGAAUCCACCAUAACCAUCAAAACCAACCUGCAGCCGACCCUGCAGUACCCCGAUGGAGUUUGGCGGUGGACUAUCCAUGAAUUCCCAGUAGACUACAGAGAUCUGUCCAACGAGAGAUGUUCACAAGAAUAUCUAGGAAAGGAACUCUUAGACCUAACAGAGGAGCUAGGCUACCUCAUCGUACCGGGCAAAGAUCACGCAGAAUUCGAAAGCAAUAAUGUGCUGAUUGGACCAAAUGGGCUAUGGGGUAAGAGUUUGCUGCUAGAAACAGCAGAGAGGGAUAGAACGAUAUGUGCGUCUCUUUUCGCAUCGGAGAUGAAACACGAGAUAAACGCUGAAGCCAAGUUUUCAGCGCCCGUAGCCGGUACCCUUAACUUCAGAUGGGUGCAUGCUCCAGGAUUCGAAGAUUCGUUCUUACAUGCUGACUUAUACCACGUCAAAGCUACAAAAGAUUCGGAGUUCAGUCAGCAUAAAUGGAAGCUGUUUGUGACUGACGUUUUCGAUUCAGAUAAGAGUAACCACGAGGAUAACUGUAAUGUUCUCCAAGCUAUAUUCGAUCCGGGGAAUAGCCCGGAUGGCAUGAGCGUAGGAGACUUAGACAGCAGGUUAGGUCUCGUCAAAAUAGCCACGGAUGCCAACGUGAAGAAGGUGAAAAAGUUGUACAAGAAUGACGUGUUGACUACGCUCAGAAGUGACAUAGAUGAGUCUAGAAGGAGUUUGUAUGUUGUGAUAUAUGAUAAUACUCUGAUAGAUAGUUUUCUAGCCUGCGCUAAGUUAAGACUGACGCCUCCAAAGAACGCUGUAUCCCUCAUCAACAUGGACGGUAUUCGUGGCACCGUCAACUUCACCCAGCGCUCGCCCUACGAUCCCACCUGGGUGGAUUUCAAUGUGGAGGCUUCGGACAAGGACUACGAGUCCAACCUGCGCUUCGUCAGCUCCAUGCUGCAGUACAGCAUCAGGGAGUUACCAGCGAAGCUGAUUGAUGCUACCCACUGGACGACAAUAUGCAAUACGACGGGCGGAGUUUACAAUCCGACUGAUAUUACGCUGACCGGUGUGCCACCAGCAGGUCUAAGCACCCAAGACCAGUACCCUGUUGGCGAUCUUCUGAGCAAGUACAAGGGUAGAACUGAGUACCUCAACCAUCGGUACAUAUUACCGGGGCUGGCCAACGAGCUGCGCGGCGCCUACUGGGAUGUGUACCUACCGCUCAGUGGCAGAAGCAGCGUUAUGCAUAGGAGUUUGGUGUUGACUAGACGGACCCCUAAACCGGAGAUAUGCGGGACCAUCCACUCCUACGAGUACGACACCGGCUACCAGACGCGGAUGACGUCGGCGCAGGUGACACUACGGUACCCGCUCGUCGGCCGCGUCGUCUUCCGCCAGCCGUUGGAGAGACCCUGGGAGGAUACCACUAUCAUUGUAGAGAGUUUGGUGCACGCAGACGGCUCCAACGUCAACAACACUAGAGACCACCGCUGGGCGAUUCACGAACAUGCUCCCGGCGCUGACUACUACAACUGGACGGCGCGUUGUCUAUCAGCCGGCCGGGUCUUUGAACCGCAUAGCAUGGAUACUGACACCAAGCACCCUGAAUACUACUGCAAGCCCGGCUUGGAGGGACUGUGCAGGCUCGGAGACUUUACUACCAGACACGGCACUCUAUCAGUCGCCGGGAAGAAGGUGGACAGCGACCGACUGACUCGCCGCAUGUUCACUGACACGCAAGUUGCUUUGGACGGCAAGUGGUCCAUCAUGCACCGGUCCCUCGUCAUAUACGACGACCACGGCCCAGUCGCGCGCGGCGAGAGGAUGGCCUGCUCCAUUGUAAACGGCCUCCACCGUCGCAAAGCUGUCGUCCAGGACUGGUUUGGGAAUGGCGACACCGUCGGUCUGAAGGGCAAGCUGGAGUUUGUCCAGGAGUCGGAGUACGAUAUCGUCAACGCGAUCGUGACGUUAGAGGGUUUGGAUGACGAUUUGGAGAAUUAUAAGAUACAUGAGACCCCAGUGGAGAAGGAGCUAGAGUUUCCGUGCGAGAAGACGACGAUUUACGACACAUACAACCCCUUCAACGUCAGCAAGUACCAGAGCCCACCGCCUACUAAAGGUACCCCAGACCAGUAUGAGCUAGGUGACUUAGGCAGCAAGUAUGGAUACAUUGAUGGGAACAUGGACGCUCAGCGCAUGUUCUCUACAUAUUUCAACGAUACCCAGCUCUCGCUGUAUGGCCCGUACAGUAUACUGGGACGGUCUGUCGCUAUACAUAGGAAGACUCGCGACCGCCGCUGGGCCUGUUCUUCCAUAGAGCGCGGGUACAGCCCGACGGAGGCGCGCGAGAUCCGCGCCAUAGCGUCGUUCCACCACCCCGGCGGGUUCGCGUACGGCUACAUCCGUAUGACGCAGCUCAUUCAUGGCGAUGGUAGCGCCAGCGAUACCACCAUGGAGGUGAAGCUGCGCCACCCUGGGACUUACGACAGGAACCUGACGCACAACCACAACUGGGAGAUAUUCGUGAACCCGGUGGGAGUGGACGCGGCGGUAAAGGUGACUAACACGCGCUGCGUCGCCGGCGGCUACCGCUGGAACCCCUACUUCACGCAGCUCGCCGACCCGCUCAACCGAGAUCUGUACGCUCAAGAGUGCGGUGUGGACAACCCGCUGCGUUGUGACGUCGGCGAUUUGACCGCAAGACUCGGUACCAUCAUCGUCGGCGGCAACCGCCAGGUCUUCGUUGACAGCAACUUUCCUCUCGAGGGCACCGUCACCGCCAUGGGCCGGUCCAUAGUCAUCUUCGGUCCGGAGCGCAGCAGCGAGAAGUUCGCGUGCGCCAACAUCGUGCCCGACAAGGACAUCAUCAAAUACGUCAACAUCAUGAAGCCGCCGAGAUUCGUGCUGGGCCAAUUCCUCUCCGAAGUGCGCGGCAUCAUGGGUGUACCGGAAUGGAUGAUCGGGGUGGACUCCAGGCGUACCAGGUCGCUCCACGGCGGCACCUGCAUCCAGAUCCUGCUGCACUUCACCGGCCCAGACGCUAACAGACUCGAGCUGGACUUCACUAGGCUUCUUGCAUCUGGCCGCCUGGAGGGGCCAAGCAUCUUCAUACCGGGGUACGUCAACACCAAGCGCAAGACGACCACCUCCUACAGACAGUGCGGUGUUACAGACCCUAAUGAGAAGAAGGCCAACCUAGAGGGCCCGUUCCUGUUCUUCGGCCCUAAGACCCUGAGGAAGUAUGCCAAGCCGGCGCUGGCAUUCCUCGAUCAAGAUGCUCUAAUGAGGCUUUACGGGGAGCAAGCGGCCAUAGUGGUGUUCAACAACCAGGACCCCGUGCCGCUCUCCAGCGGCAACUUCCCCCGCCUCCGGAAGAUGCUGGAGGGGCAGACGACGCUGGUGCUCCCCCAGGACUUCCUGGACGUCCAUCCGGAUUACGUCAGCAAUGAGACGCAGGUGCUGACACUGCAGGGCCCGUGGUCGGAGCGCGAUGCCCAAAUGACGGAGACCUUCGCGCGCCUGCAGGACAUCUACGGGAAGGGCAGAGUGCUGGGGAUCCUUGGCAACUCGGUCUCCCAGCACCACUCUCCAGACUACGACGAGUGGGCGCGCGCGAAGCGGCAGGCGGAGGACUCCACCACCACCACCGCUACCACCGAGGACGAGAGGCCGGCCAAGUCGCUGCCCAAGUACGCGCUGUAUAACGCCACAGGACCGGCGGGCAACAGCGCUCUUCUGUUCUCGUCGGGGUGGCCGGAGCUGAAGUUCCCGAACGGCACGGUGCUAGCUCUCGACACGCCCGUCGGCCAGCCCACCGUCAAACCGACCCGGCUGUACACCAUCCUCGUCGUCAGAUUCGCCGACGUCGAUAACACUAGGGACAAGAUCACCCUAGAGUUCUCGUUCAAGCAGCAGGGUGGGUGGUGGACCGCAGUGGGAGUGGAGGUUAAGCGGGGUUUAGAGACAGCGGGCCUCAACCUGCAGGCGCCCGCGCCGCCCGCCGCCCCUGCCGCCGUGCUCGGCAAGGCCUACCACUGCUCCUUGCCCCUGGUUUACGCGUCUGAGGACGCCACGCUGACGCUGCCGGAUAUCCGGAUGCAGCCAUACAUGGAUAGCACGGAGAAAUUCGCUGACAGCUACGACUGUAUUGGGUUUACAACUGUCCCAAUUUGGUCCGGUCUGAUGGUCAGCUGCAUCAUGUUGUUAGCGCUGUCAGUUUCCAUCUGCAUGAUCAUGGACAUCAAGACCAUGGAUCGCUUCGAGACCAACAGAAGUAAGCAACUCACUAUAACAGUGAGCGAGUAAUACGCACAUAUCAUAUGAUUAUACCGUAUAU